AUGUCGACUUGUAAUGAGCAACUGAGGAAAGAGUUCAGGAAAGAAUUUGCGAAAGGGGCUACAUUUAAAGACGUUCAACUCCCUGAUGGUGCUGGAGACCUUAAGUUCUUCACUACAAUUCUGAGGUUAAAUAAGUGGCUAACUGAUGUGGAGAUGAAUGCAGCAAUUUGUCUGCUAAGAGCAAGAGCAGUCGCCUACCCUAAGUCGUACCCGGAGGAUUUCACCAUCUUAGAUUGCCAGUUUGGCCCUUUGGUUACUUCAUACUAUGACGAAUUUGUUGCUGACUCGGUUGAUCCAGAAAAACCAGAAGGCCAUACUUUCUCUGACGUCUUUUACCACUACCACUGGGAGGUUGAGGCAUGGAGGAGGUUGAGAUCUAUUUUGGAUUGUGGAUCAAAUGGUGCUUUUGUCCUUACAACGACACGUAAAGGAAAUGUGGCAGAAAUCAUGGGAACAAUUCAACCUUUUGAAUUAUCCUCUCUCUCUCAAGAUAAUUGUUGGUUAUUAUUCGAAGAAUGCGCAGAACCAAAACUUCCAAACUUUAUUAAUAUUGGUAAAGAAAUAAGUAGAAAAUGUAUGGGUGUUCCCUUAGUUACCAAUGUCUUGGGAAGCCAAUUGCGAUUCAAUUGUGACGAAAAGGAAUGGCGCAGAAUAAGAGACAGUGAGAUACGGGAGAUUUCACAAAAUGAAAAUUUAAUUUUGUCUAUUCUAAGAUUGAGUUAUUAUGAUCUCCCUUAUCAUUUGAGAAGAUGUUUUGUGUUUUGUGCUAUAUUUCCCAAGGAUGCUGAAAUUGAAAAGGUGAGAUUAAUCCAAUUGUGGAUGGCCCAUGGUUUAAUUCCUACAGUUAAAAACCAAGAAGUGGAAGAUAUUGGGAAUACAAUUUGGAAUGAGUUGUGUCGGAGAUCCUUUUUUCAAGACGAGAAAUUCGAUCAAUCUGGAAAUGAAAUAUGUAAGAUGCACGAUCUUAUGCAUGAUCUUUCCGAAUCUGUUAUGAAAGAUGAAUGUUAUACUUUGGAUGUUAAUAACUCAAGUGAUGGUUUAAAACGAGAUAUACGUCAUCUAACGGUAAGGGUUAAUGAAUUUGUCAAAACAUCACUUCGUUCUCUUAAGAAAAUUGGAGGGUUGCAAUCACUAAUCCUCAAUGGCAGAGAUGUUAAAGGAAAUGUCACAGAGAAGAUUUGUUUGAGUGUCUUGAAGGAACUUUCGGCUUUAAAGGAACUUUCGGCUUUACGUGUCCUUGAACUAAGCUGUAUUAAAGUUAAUGGAGAUCAUUAUAUGGGACAUCUAAAACAUCUGAGAUACUUAGAUAUUUCCUAUAGUUACGUGAUAAUAUUGCCUGAUAGUAUAUGUGAUCUUUUGAACUUACAGACUUUGAAACUCAAUAGGUGUAUUAUGCUUGAAAGUUUGCCCAGAAAUACAAAAGAUCUCAUUAGCCUACGACAUCUUUAUUUGUAG